GUAGCUCCGUUGUUGUUCUUGAAGCAAGGUAGGCCAACGUCAGGAUUGCAACUUGCCUUCAUCUGAUAUUGUUUGUUGAAGCCUACGCACUCCUUUGCUCUCUGGCGUACGUUACCCAUCUUUCGGUAUACUGCCACAUAGAAAUUGGCUUCUACCGGGAGAUCUUCAAGAAACUACGCAUCUUCUUUGGAAAGGACCUCAUCGUAGUGGCCAUGUUUUGUUAGAGGUAGCAAGGUUUGUCUGACGAAGGAUUACCUAUUAGACAAGGACACUGAUUAUAUUUCGCUUUCGUUUCGAAGUAGAAAUCAACGAAAUCGCACGAAUAUAAAGUGGUUACGAGCAGGGUGUUUCGACGAUUAGACAAGAUUCAUGAGUAGAUGGCGGGUUUACUUGCUGAAGUAAUCAACAACACAAUGGAAUGACACGAAAUCAAAUAAACGCCAACAUGACGGCCUUCAAGACGUUGACAGACGAGAUCUCCGACCAGUUCCUUGCCUGCAAGAUCUGCUUAGAGACGUACAAGAGGCCCAAAACACUGAGCUGUCUCCAUACAUUCUGUACUAGCUGCCUAGAAGCUCACUUGGCGUCGGAGGAAGAGAGAACGAACUACCGCUUCGUCAUCUACUCGCGGAGCAUCACGUGCCCUGUGUGCAAACAACGGACAGAGGUGCCCUCCGGAGGAAUUAAGAACUUACCAGAUAACUUCCUCGUGUCCAACCUAACCGAAGUUGUCAACAGAAGUAAACCUUCGUCCUCAUCACCUGCGUGUGAUAUCUGUUCAAAUUAUAAGAAACGCACUCGAGACGCUGUCUCAAAAUGUCUGGAAUGUUCGAAAUUUCUGUGCAGGAAUUGCGUGGAUUUGCACAAAAAGACGAAGGUAACCAAAGGUCACACAAUUUUCGAUGUCGAAGUUGAGAAGAAUAUCAUGUGUAAAUGCCAUGAGGAGGAACCAGUUCGUUUUUUCUGCCAACCAUGCGAAACUUGUAUAUGUGUGCUGUGUACUUUUCAAGGACACGUGGGGCACGAGGUCUCCUCCUUUGGGGAGGGGAUCUUGAAGUAUGUGGGUAACGUCCAGUCCAUGCUGAAGGUGGGAAAGACGAAAAUGGCGUCCGUGCAGCGUCAUUUAGACGUCAUGACCAAAUGUGAGGAGACGAUAGCACAAGUGGAAGAGAGGGUUAACAAACUAAGCACAGCAUUCUUGACGGCGAUUCGAACUCAACAGAAACACGUUAUAGAUGAAAUCAGGCAUUUCUACGGUUCCGAGGCGUUGGAGAUUCUGGAUAAUAAAGACGAGUUAGAGGCGAUAAUGAGUAAUUUGAAAUCGACCUGUGGGUUGGCGGAGUUGAUUUUAGAGAACAGGAACGUGGAGUUGCUGCUGCUUCAGAAAGAAGUAAAGGAGAAAAUGAAAUCGUUGAUAAAUGUGGACCUACCCGACCUGCCUGAUAGUAUGGAAAGGGAGAUUACAUUUGUGGAAGGUUCAUUAAAUCUUGGGUUCUUAGACACCGGGAAUAGAUCGGCCCUUUCUGACCGACAGAUUUCAAAGCCGUCUAUGAUGCUGAACACAACCAGUAGGGGGAGCAAGGACGCAUGCACCAUGACUGUAAGGAUGACAAAGGACCGAGGUGUCAGUACGGACCAAAACAUGUCCAGGACCUCGAGUGGACACUAUGAGAGUCUCUCCAUGGCCACUGGAAAACAGCAUAGAAACAAAGACAGCAAAGAUUCGAUUGACGGUACAAGCCAAGAAAAUGACUGCAGUGAAGUUGAUCAUGAAACUAAGUUAAAAAAUAUCUUGCAAAGACGGGAUAGUUUACACAAUAUAUUCAAAGACGAUGAGAAGUUUUUCGCAAGCGAUAACGAAGAAGAACGGGAGGUGACGUUGAAUGUUGAAGACAUUUCGAGUAGUACUAUUGUUGAGGUUGACGAAUCAGUGGGUGAUGAUUCAGCGACCCUUGAAGCAGACGAUGAGAGGGACAAAACACUUGACAUGGCCAAAGAAAACAAUGUUGUUGAUGGCAGCCAUGAUGACCGCAUUGAAAACGCCGCAGACGACACGGCCAAUGACGUAUCUGAUGACGACGUUUACAUGGACCAACAGGAACCGGAAACCAAAACGGAGAACGACAUUGGAGGUUACAUUGGCAUUGGUGAAGGUCACGGUAAGCAAGAAAGAACCUUUUACGUGGAUGAAUACAUUGAAAGUGAAACAAUCGAAAUGGAGGAAUCUUGUCCGAACGUUGUUUCAUUUCGACCAUGUGAGUACCGAGAUGCCGCAACUGUAACAGAGGAUAUAGAAAUACAGCAACAUUAUUCCGAACUCUGUCUAGAAACAGAUGGAGGGCAGACUCUGUCAACUUUGGAUCACGGUGUCUCUUCAAAUCGGGAGACAAUGGCCGAGUUCAAUGUGCAGAGGUUGUCUGCAGGGAACUUUCCUCCAGAAAUGUUCAGACGGCAGUCUAGUUCUGAUCAGGGAGCACCAUGGCAGAUCAUUCACGACAUGCACCAGCUUCCCAUCCAGACAGAAGACAAGGGUAUCAAUGUCCCGGAAGUGAUGGAAAGCGACAGUUGUUUGGAGAUUGAGUUUAUUGACAUCAUGUUAAGGGAUUGCGCAACGUCGACGGAGAUAGUCGACAGAAAAGACCAGCAGACAAUGACAGAGUGUGUAGAAAUGGUUGACCAAAACGCCGUGGUCAAACAAAAUGAGGAGAAGGACACCGUAAAGGACACUUUAAUCAAGUCAAAUUCAUUAGAAUUAUUCACUAAAACCAUCUCAGAUACGUUGGCAAUUACUGCUGACGCCAAAAAAGGGUUGUUAGAAUUAGCAGAUGGGUUUUAUGACAUCAAGGAUUUAGCAGAGUUCACGUUGAUAGAAACUGAAAACGCCAUCACUCCUGACGGAACCAUAUUAUUCUCUAAGACUGUCCAGUUGUCUGAUCAGGGCACUGAAACCGAUGCCGAGGUCAAGGUCCAAAUGUCCGAGGCGUCGUGUGGGGUGGAAGUACCGAUGCAGGAUCAGGCUACAGAGGUCAAGGCCGAAAUGGUGGAGAGUUCAGCCUCGUCAGAUUUGGUGACCCUCUGUGACCUUGGCACGCAGACGACAGUCACGGAGAUAUCUGAAUGCGAGACCAUGACGGAAAAUCCGCAAGUCGUUGACUUCGCAAUGUUGACCGAGACACCUAUCAUGAGAGACAGCAAUUGCGGACCUGACUAUCAGAGUUAUAGCACAGUAGGUACAGCAACCAUUGCGCCGGAGAGUGUAGACCAAGCUGUUGGAAGUUCCGUUGAGAUUAGAGAUAUAGGCUGCGGAGAUUCCAUUGCGUCGGUCAAGGAUAUUGAUGUGACUGCUAUCCCGGAGAUGGUCGAUUCCGCCUGUUCGCCGGAAAUCGUCUGCUAUACGGACACCUGCCUUCAGACUGAAGGAUGGGAUUUCAAAGAUGCUUACGUGGACACGGAUUCCAUCGGCGUCCGAGAGAUAUUCACUGAAAUGCCUCAGCUACAACUCAUGGACAUCUUUACAAACACCCUAACAACAGAAUCGGUCGACCAAUCGACAAGCACUGACAACACCCAGUUUGUAGAUCAGGGAUCAGCCACAGACGCAACCUCGACAAAUGUUGUGGGGACGCUGACUGAUUUGCUUCGCAUGUGUGACGCCACUGUCGAGACUACGCCGUUAGAAACAUCGGAUGCUGCGUCUGAAAUCUCUCCUGAGAGUUCCACCAAGGAAACAAUGACUCCGCUGAUUGCAACAAGAAAUGCCUCCUCCAGUGCGAGAUUUCGAAGGAGAAGACCAGCCAGAGAGGACGCUGGCACAUCCACAGACUCUGCCGAAUUAGUCGAUUCGGCAACUGAUACCUUCACAGAAACUAACAGCAUUGGCCUCAGUGUUUCUCCAGAGACUUGUGAAGAUUCGACAGAGACUGUUCAGCCAUUCCUCGUGGACGCUGGGGUAGAGGCGGCGCCCGAUCUUGUAGACACUGGUACGCUUGCGCUUUCCUUGAACACACGUGACUCCAGCACUGAUCCUAUCAAACCUCAGCAAGUUAGCAUUGGUAUCAAUACGUACAUCGUAAGUUUAGCGCCAAGGAAACGGGACGCUAGUACGACCACAUCCAGAACUAUGGAAGAGAUCAGCCAAGAAUUGGAGUCGGUGGUUCUUAGAGGUGCGGUAGGUGGCGACCCUACAGAAGAGGAACCUAAGCAACCAGACGUGAACUCGGAACUUUUGGGUCAGAAAAUCAGCGAACUUUUCAGUUUAUCUAAAUUACAAACUCUCACUGAACAAUUAGCCCAGGAUCGGCGGAGAAUGGAGGAACAGCGUUCUCGGAAACACGUGCUACCAACUGCCCGGAUGUUGGAGAAAAGAUUGUCUACAGAUGAGAGCCAGCCUACUGCAAUCAGGAGAAGGCUUUCUAGUCAGAAGUCAUUGGAUAUUCCAGACGAGAUCAAAAGGGUCGACUCAGUAACUGAUACUCGGGGACCAAAUAGUAUGCAGAAAUCAGAACCACAAGUCGAAGAAAAGGAGCUGUCACGAAAGAAACGACCACAGAUCACUGCCUUGUUGAAUCUUUCGAAAGUUUCGGAGGUAGAUGCACCGGUACUAUCUGCUGUGUCGCUGAGCGACCUCACCCCAGCCGAGUCGUCACUUGAAGUGACGCCAGGUGUAUCUCCAUGCUUGACGCCCUCUGGCGACAACUUGUCGUCUUUCAGUGACCAAGUAGUUGAACCUGUAAGAGAAAAGAAGCGAAAGCAUAAGAAAGAGAAGAAGAAACUAAAAGAAAAGGAACACGUGGAAGACGAACGCCGCAGGAAGUCGUCCAGUUUGAAAUCCGGAAGUAAACUUGACGCAGGCGCAAUGGGAUCUGCAGCAACCACCCCUGAAGAGGACAAUCCGAAGAAAUACAAACUGUUAAAGAAAUCGUUCUUCAGCUUGGGGAGGUUCAGUAGAUCGAUGCCAACUUUGGCGCGAUUGGAUGAGAAAAUCGACCGCUUCUUUCACAAGUCCACUUCACGUGAGACUACCCCCAGCACAUCUGUCACUGAUACCCCCAAAACGAGUAGAGCAGGUUCCCCGGAGAGGCGACCUUACCAUCACAGGAAGGCCAGACCUGCAAAGGUCGCUGCACUUCUGGAACAGACUAUCAUUGAGAAAGCCAAGUCAUCGAGCUCGGAAGGUGGCUCAGGGGAAAGGGCAGAUGAUCCAGAUGGAUUUAUUGUAAAGGAAUCAAACGUAUGAUUGACUAAUUAUUCUUUCCUGGUAUCAUUUUCGACUUCUCUGUUGAUGUAACUUA